GCUUCAUCGGCCAAGAAUUUUCUCUUUUGGAUUAACUAUUACAAUGUUACGUCUGCAAGAAUAGAGAAAAGUAUGCGAUCAUUGAUAGAAGAAUAAGGAAAUUUUUGCACCUUUAAUCAGGAACAAAUUCACCGUCAAAUAAAAGAAAACACAUGGUAUUUCAUGGGUUUCAGGCACAAAGCAAACAUGAGGCCAAUGCUUCAAGUUUUUAUGCUUGUAACUUGUUGUUUGUGUUUAGAAUUAACCUGUGCCAUUGACACCUUAAGGGUCAGUCAGUCGAUUCGGGAUUCAGAAGUUUUGGUUUCUAAUGGGCAAAACUUCAAGCUGGGUUUUUUCAGCCCAGUAAAUAGUAAUCAGCGUUAUGUUGGAAUAAUGUAUAAUAUCCCAGUUCCGACCGUUAUAUGGGUAGCUAAUAGAGACAAACCUCUGAAUGAUUCUACUGGAAAAGUGGAGAUGUCAGAAGACGGCAAUCUUGUUAUCUUGGAUGGACAAGAGGAGGUGUUAUGGUCAUCUAAUCUUUCAUGGUCAGUGGCAAAUUGUAGUGCUCAUCUCUUGGAUACAGGCAAUUUGGUGUUACAAGAUAAUUUGAGUGGUAUGAUUCUUUGGGAAAGUUUUCAGCAUGCUUCAGAUUCUUUAAUUCAGAGGAUGAAAAUUAUGACAGAUUUAAGAACAAAUGAGAAGAAUAUACUGACAUCAUGGAGAAGUCCUUCUGAUCCAGCACUUGGAAGUUUUACAGCUUCCAUUGAGCUACUAGAGCUUCCACAAUUAGUUGUCUGGAACGGUAGUGAUCCUUACUGGCGCAGUGGUCCACAUAAUGGUCAAAUUUUCAUUGGAAUUUCUCACAUGGAUGCUUACUUAUAUCAAAAUGGAGUUGAUAUGGUGAAUGAUAAUCCAGGAACUGCUUAUCUGACGUUCACCUAUUUCAAUGCUUCUGUGUUGACAUAUUUUGUCUUGAACGUCUCAGGAAUUAUACAACAGAAGUUGUGGUCUGAUGGGAAAAGAGAUUGGGAGGUAACAUGGUGGUCUAUAGAAAGUGAGUGUGAUGUCUAUAGUAAGUGUGGGCCGUACGGAAGCUGUAACGCUAAGGCCGUUCCAAUGUGCACAUGUUUGCCAGGGUUUGAGCCAAAGAACGUUGAUGAAUGGAAUGCAGCCAACUGGAUUAGUGGCUGCACGAGAAAGACUUCCCUUCAGUGUGAAACAAACAAUUCUAUUGGAAAAAUGGGAAAACAAGAUGGGUUUCUAAGGCUAAAGACAGUGAAAUUGCCUGAUCAUGCUAAAUGGUUUCCUGCUCUUGAAGCACAUUGUGGGAGCCAGUGCUUGAAUAAUUGUUCAUGUAUAGCCUAUGCAUAUUAUAGUGGCAUUGGGUGCAUGCAGUGGACUGACAGUUUGAUUGAUGUACAGAAGUUCUCAGGUGGCGGUGGGGACCUUUACAUCCGAUUGGCACAUGUGGAACUAGAUAACAAAAAGGACCAGACAACAAUCAUAGCAACUACAAUUGUUUUGGGGUUUAUAAUGAUUACCAUCUGCACAUACUUUCUGUUGAAUUGGUACAGAGGAAGUAAGCAAAAAUGUUGGCGCUUAUUAACCAGAAGUAGGGGAACUGAUCCAGGGUAUUCAAAAGAAAGUCUGCCCAAAGAUUAUGUGAAUGGCGUUAAACUUGAAGAAGUACCGUUCUUUAAAUUUGAGAUGCUUUCCAAGGCAACAGGCAACUUUGACUCUGCCUUUAAGCUUGGACAGGGUGGUUUUGGUCCAGUGUACAAAGGAAAAUUACCCAGUGGGCAAGAAAUUGCAGUAAAAAGGCUUGCAGGAUCCUCCAACCAAGGGCUACAAGAGUUCAAGAAUGAGGUUGAGCUAAUCUCUAAGCUCCAGCACCGCAAUCUCGUUAGGCUCCUUGGUUGCUGCGUGGAGAGUGAAGAAAUAAUGCUAGUUUAUGAAUACAUGCCCAACAGAAGUUUGGAUGCUUAUCUCUUUGAUAAACAGAAGCUUCUUGACUGGAAAACACGCGUCGUCAUCAUUGAGGGGAUCUGUCGAGGCCUUGUUUACCUUCACAGGGACUCAAGGUUAAGAAUUAUCCACAGAGAUCUAAAGGCCAGUAACAUUUUGUUGGACGAGGAGCUCAACCCCAAAAUUUCAGACUUUGGCCUGGCUAGGAUUUUUGGAGGAAAACAAGAUCAAGCUAACACAACAAGGGUUGUUGGGACAUUUGGCUAUAUGGCCCCUGAAUAUGCACUAGAAGGAAGAUUCUCAGAAAAAUCAGAUGUCUACAGCUUUGGCGUCCUGUUACUAGAAAUUGUGAGUGGAAGGAGAAAUACCAGCUUCUAUAAUGACGAGCAAGCACAAAGCUUAGUAGCAUAUGCAUGGAAGUUGUGGAACGAAGAGAGUAUGAUAAAUCUAAUGGACCCGUUAAUAUUUGAUCCGCAGAUGGAACCCAAGAUACUGAGAUAUGCCAAUGUAGGUCUAUUAUGUGUUCAAGAAGUAGCACAGGAUAGGCCAAGUAUUUCUACUAUUCUCUCGAUGCUUAGCAGUGAGAUUGUCGAUCUUCCUCAUCCUGAGCAACCAGCAUUUAUUGUGCACCAGAGAUCUUCAGAAGCAAGUCCAAGUAAAUUCUCUGCGAAUGAUAUCACUGUGACAAUUGUUGAAGGCCGGUAGGACUUGGACUCCUGAGGCACAUGUGUGAACAUCAAGCAAAAUGCUGAGAUCCUAAGCUACCUGGAGUAGUUCUUCAAUUCAAAAGAAUGUUUGCAUGUCCUGCAAAUAGAAAUGUGUUGAUAAUCCUCGAGGUUCUCCCGACUCUCAGGCAUCGAUCCAUUCGGUUUUUGAUGCUUUAAAAUCUGGUGGUUUGUGAACCAAAUAUAUAUACCUUCAUUAUUAGCUAAUAGAUGGUGAUAAUCGAUAAAAGAAGAGGAAGAUGUAGGGUCGACACUGUACUCCUGAUUCCAAUUUGAUGAGCUGAAACUAUAUACUUUAAUAUGCUGUUGAAAACAGACGCGGCUGGGAUCAGUGUAAUAUAUGGGCGAAAUGUCCUAUUUUGACAAACAUGCUGUUUUUAUGUCUGAAAGCAGCAAUAUAAAUUCUUGGUAGCAAUUCAUAUAAAGCCAUGUGCUUUUCGUGUUAAGUUUGGCGUUUUCUUUGUUUAAGGCAGUCAAAAUAUCAGGCGGUCAAAAGUUUCAGACUGAUGAGAGUUUUUUGUAAUAAUUUAUGUCUUUGCUUUCAAUUGUUUCCAUUUA